AUGCAGCUCUUUCCUUUUCUAUCGUUGACAUUGUUUUUGACGUAUUCCGAGGCUGUUUUUGGCUCUUCCUCAAACUCUUAUGUCAAACUUCCGAUUCAGAAGUUAGCUAAUAUUCCAAACAUAAACUUAGAGGAUGUAUCUGGUAUUUCUAAAAGAAGCGAUGCUUUCAAUUCUACCUUGAUAAAUAUGUUUGCAAGUGCGGACAGGUAUGUUGUCGAGAUGGAAAUCGGGACCCCUCCCCAAACUGCCUAUCUUGUGUUAGACACUGGCUCUUCGGAUAUGUGUGUUAAUGAGGCCAAUAACACUUACUGUGAAUCAUUGGCCGAUGGGAAUGACGUUUGGACUAGUAAUUACGAGCUCACAGCAACUGCUUCUGAGAUUUCCUCCACAGCUACUUCACAUAAGACGUAUAAUACACCCUGCUCGUACUGGGGUACCUUCAAUCCCAACACCUCUUCCACGUUUAAGUUUAACGAGACGGUUUUUAAUGCAACAUACGGUGAUAAUUCGUAUUUUGCAGGAACUUACGGGACAGAUGUUGUCUCUUUGGGUAACAUCACUCUAAGUAAUUUCACUUUUGGGGUAUCCGAUGAUACGGUAAAUUCUAUGGGCGUUUUAGGCAUAUCGCUUCCCUUUGUAGAAGAAACGAAUAUAUUCCAAUUGACUUCAAAUACAACGCCCUUUGUAUACGAUAACUUUCCAAUGGCAUUAAAAAACCAAGGAAAGAUCAAAAAAAUAGCAUAUUCUUUGUUUUUGAAUGAACUUAAUGCUCGCUUUGGAAGCAUCUUGUUUGGCGCCGUCGACAAAAGUAAAUACUCAGGACAGCUUUAUACUCUUCCUAUGCUGCAGGCUUUCAAUACCUUCGACUCUGAGUUUUCGGGGAUGUUUGUUACAGCACAGAGCGUCGCCAUAUUAGAUAGCAAAUCUGGCAACAAAACUGUUUCAGAGGUUCAGUUCCCAGUGGUGUUUGAUUCUGGUACAAGCUAUUCUUCUUUACCCACUGAAAUUGCCGAUGCGAUAGGCAGAAGUUUUGACGGAAAGUACAGCUCCGAUAACCGAGGCUACAUCUUUGAUUGUUCGAAAGUGAACAAUACUCUAUUGUCCAUUGAUUUUGGAGGAUUCAAUAUUUCUGCAAACAUAUCCAAUUUUGUGACACCACUACAUGAACACUGUCUUUUGAAUAUUAUGGCCAGUGACUCAAUGUUUUCGUUGGGGGAUGCUUUCCUCAUGGACACUUACGUUGUCUACGAUUUAGAAAAUCACGAAGUUUCUCUUGCUCAGGCCAGCUUUAAUAAUGAAGAGGAAGAUAUUAAGAUUAUCUCUGAUAGUGUCCCAGGUGCCACACCUGCUCCCGGAUACUCCAGUACGUGGGUGUAUACGCCCGGUAGCCCCAUCGGAACAGGAGACUUUGUCAAUGUAAGUUGGACCUCCUAUUCAGAGUUUUCACAAUACAAAUCAAUUUAUGCCACUGAAUCUCUAAGCGAUGGUGUCAGUUCAUCUUCGAGUAGUAGUAGUUCUAGCGAAACGGCCACGAAAAAGAAGAAUUCUGGUUACAGAUGCCGUCGUUCACCUUUCUCCUUUUCAUUGUUAUCUGUCUUAUCUUAUUUUCUUUUGUAA